AUGCAUCACUGUUCUGAUUCACCUGCUUGGAAGCAUUUUAACAACACCCAUCCAACCUUUGCAUCAGAGAGUCGAAAUGUAAGGUUGGGAUUAUGCACUGAUGGAUUCCAACCUUUUGGACAAACAGGGCAACAAUACUCCUCUUGGCCGGUGAUAGUUACACCGUACAACUUGCCUCCUUCAUUGUGUAUGAAGGAGGAAUAUAUGUUCCUUACCAUAAUAGUUCCUGGACCCAAAAGUCCAAAAGACAUGUUGGAUGUGUAUUUACAACCCUUUAUUGAAGAAAUGAAGCAUUUGUGGGAAAUUGGGGUUGAAACGUAUGAUGCGUCACUGAAGAAUAAUUUUCAAAUGCGUGCCGCACUUAUGUGGACCAUAAGUGAUUUCCCAGCAUAUUCAAUUUUAUCCGGAUGGAGUACAGCAGGUAGAACUGCAUGUUCGUACUGUAAAGAAGAUUUAGAUGCAUUUACCCUAACAAAAGGUGGGAAACAAUCUUGGUUUGAUAAUCACCGAAAAUUUUUACAUCCUAACCAUCCAUUUAGAAGAAAUAAAACAGCUUUUCUUAAAAAUAGAAUCAUAAGAAAACAAGCUCCUGCUAUCCUUUCUGGUGAUGAGAUCUUACAAGAAAUAGAAAGUUUAUCUUUGAAGCGAGUCAUAGACUUUGGUGCUUAUGAGACUAACCGCCAAAUUGCCAGGAAUAGUGGUUGGAGAAAACAGAGCAUUUUUUGGGAUUUACCCUGUUGGCGGACAAAUCUUAUUCGACACAACCUUGAUGUUAUGCACAUUGAGAAAAAUGUGUUUGACAAUAUAUUCAACACCGUGAUGAAUGUAGAAGGGAAGUCUAAGGAUAACACUAAAUCAAGGGAAGACUUGAAGGAAUUUUGCUGUCGACCUGAGCUAGAAAGGAGUGAAGCUACAGGGAAAUAUUCAAAGGCAUGUUAUACUCUCGAUAAACCAUCGAAAACAGUGCUCUGUGAAUGGCUUCGAAAUCUCAAGUUCCUAGAUGGAUAUGUGUCAAACAUGGGCCGGUGUGUUGACAUGCAAAAGCUAAAGCUUUACGGGAUGAAAAGUCAUGAUUGUCAUCAUGUCUUCAUGCAGAGAUUACUCCAGAUAGCAUUCAGGCAAUUACUUCUGUUAAGUGUUUGGCGGGCAUUAAUAGAAAUGAGUAAUUUCUUUAGAGCCCUCACAUCAACCACUAUCCAAGAGGAAGAUAUGUUAAGGCUUAACGAUGAAAUCCUUGUAAUCAUUUGUAUAUUGGAACGUAUAUUUCCCCCAAGUUUCUUUGAUUCAAUGGAGCAUCUUCCGGUGCAUUUAGCAUAUGAAGCAUGGAUUGGGGAUCCGGUACAUUAUCAAUGGAUGUAUCCAUUCAAGAGGUAUCUACGAAAGCUAAAGAAGAAUGUGAGAAAUAAAGCCAAAGUUGAAGGCUCAAUAUGUAAUGCCUACUUAGUCGAGGAAGCUUCAGCAUUUUGUGCACAUUAUUUUGAACCACAUGUGAAGACAAGGCAUCGCAAGGUGCCACGUAAUUAUGAAAGUGGGCAAGAUCCAACGGAAGAAGCUGGGAGCUUAUCAAUUUUCACAUGCCCUGGUAGGCCAUUAGGAAAAGCAAAAACUAAAUACCUAACUAAAGAAGAAUAUUCAGCAGCGCAGAUGUAUAUCUUGCUGAAUUGUUCAGAAGUACAACCAUUCAUAAACAUUUUUGUCAAUGAAUUGCGGUCAAGGAAUCCAGAUAUCAAUGAUGGAUGCGUUGAUGAGAUAUUGGAACGUGAAUUUGCGAUAUGGUUCUUCACGUUUGCUCAUAAUCCUUCGAAUGACAUUUCCAACCAAUUUUUGCAAGACUUGUCAAAAGGACCGCUAAGAAGUUAUAAAUCUUAUAGUGGGUGCAUAGUGAAUGGCUUCAAAUUCCAUACAAAGAAUUAUAGUUCAGAUAGAGCGACAAUGAAUAGUGGUGUAUGCAUAAAAGGCACAAAUUAUACGACGGAUGAAAAUGACUUCUGUGGACAAUUAGUUGAAGUUUUAUGUUUGGAGUACCUAGGAUUACCAAUCAAGCGCACAAUCUUGUUUAGAUGUGAUUGGUUUGAUCCGACACCAAAUUUGGGGACCAAAUGUCAUCAAGAAUAUAAGCUAGUUGAUGUGAAUCAGAAUCGGUUCUUCAAUAAGUAUGAACCAUUUGUUCUUGCUAUCCAGGCAACUCAAGUUAAUUAUACAACGUAUCCCAGCUUAAAGCGUGACAAAGUUGACUGGUUGGCAGUGUUUAAAGUGAAAGCUAGAUAUACUGUAGAGCUUCCCAAACAAUCAUGUGCUACUACAUCAACAUCCAUGGAAGCACCUUUUCAACAAGAUGAAAAUGAAUUCCCCUCAACGCAAAUAAAUUACAAUGAUGCAGAAUCAUCUUUACGUGACCCAACAGAUGAAUUUUUUUGA